GGCGAAAGAGCAGGACGCAGGACAACUCCAAUGGUUCCAUAGCACAGAGUCAGGGCAAUGAAAGUGCACUCUAUGGCACGGAGUCUGUAUUAAUUCUCGGCACUCGGACGAGGCACUCGGACGCGGCGUGGGUCCUUUGUAAGAGCGGACAGAAAGGAAAACAGCCUCUAUCCAGCCAUAAAAGGCAUCCUGGCUCCUCUUUGCCCUCUUUCUUCCCGGCCCCAGAGGCGGGGACAGCGCCCAGCGCCUUUGGCAGAGGGGUUGAUGAAUAAGUCUCCCUGGAAACGAGCAACAGCAGCUCCGGCUUUGGUCGGGCUCUCCUGCAGGAAAGCAAGCAAACGAGCAAGGCUGUAUGGCCAUGUUCCAGAAGCAUUCUUUCCUGACGUUUCACCCACAUCUGUGGCAAGCAUCCUCAGAGGUUGUGAGGUUGUUGGAAACUAGUAAAUAUGUCAGAUAUAAUGAAAGACAAAGCAACCCGCUUGCUGAGGAAAAGAGGGAGCAUAUCUUCCUUAGGGAGCCAUGAGGUCAAAGCAAAAGAGUUUCUUGGAAAAACUAAAGAUUCCAUCAGUACAGUGUCUUACAUGGAUGCACCAGGACACUAUGAAGAUAUCCUUCGUCCUGCUGUUCAGAUGGAGAACACAUACAGAUUGGGUCCUGCAAAAUGUUUCCCAGUGGGCACGGUGAAUAAUAUCUUGAAGGAUGUACUCACAAGUUAUCUUCAGGAAGAAAAAUAUGAAGCAGAAUUGUGUAGACAAAUGACAAAGACAAUCUCUGAGGUAACUAAAGCUCGCAUAAAAGACCUAAUGAUACCAAGAUACAAAAUUAUUGUGAUAAUAAAUAUUGGACAACUAAAGAAGCAAAGCAUACAGAUUGGAAGCAGGUGCCUCUGGGACACUACCAACGAUACUUUUUGCUCCUAUUCCUUCAAAAAUAGGUCAUUGUUUGCUCUUGCAAAUGUCUAUGCUGUUUACUCUGAGUAACAAGUGACAGUUCUCUGUGGAACUGAUGAGCCCAACAUACAGCUGGAUGUCAUUUGUUUUCUGCAGUACUGUGCAGACUCACCUGAGAGUAACCUUCAAUUAACUCAGUGAGACUUGAGUUUGGUUAAACCUGUGUGGAAUUAUUCUGUAUGGUGGGUUUGCUAAAUAGCAUAUACCUGGCCUUCCACAUUUGUAGGUUUAACUUUUGCAGAUUUAAUCAUUUGCUCAUUUGGUUAGUAUGUUCUCUAUAGGAAUCAGUAAGUUCUCCAGUAAAUUUCUAUGGUCAGUGUAUAUAGAAGUUGAUUAUGUAAGUCACCUGGAAGGCCUAGACAUUCUAGAGAAGUGUUCUCUUAGAUUUUAAAAAGUGUUUUUUUAUUUUUGGUUUUUCUUCUUUUGUGGAGGUCCAUGAAAAUGAAGGGGGGGGGGCUACUGUUAUCAUGUCUGUGUACACUAAGGAUUGUAAUUGUUUUUCUCAAGAAAACAGGGCUUAAUAUCACUGAUUCAAUUUUCACUCCAGGUAUGUAAACCUAAAGUUUCCUCAUGUAUUUAUUCCCAGGAGAGGACUUAAUAUCCCUACUGUUGUACUAAUUACAUUAUAAUGGCUGUGUAAAUAAGGUCUACAUUUGUGUUAUAGUCUUGAAAUAUUACUGAAAUAUUGAGAAAUUCACAUUUACUUUGGUGUACUGGUUUGUCUUUGAACUCUUUUUCAGAACAUUUGGGAAUUUAACUAGCAGUUAUUUCUUCUUCUUCUUGCUCUUCCUUUUUGUCAAUUAACAUUGCAGGGGACCUGAACUGGAUUUGGACUGUACUGGAGACAAGAAAGGUUUAAUCUGAAGUCCCUUAUAAUGAUCCAAGCUCAAUUUGAUCAGACACGUAGCAUCUCCCUCUCAAAAAACGUAUCAAUUUUUAACUCAUUACUACUUAGGUAUGCAAAUUGCAGGCCAAAGUCCUUGAUAUCCACAUUAGGAUCCAAUUCCAGAUUGGUUCUUUGAGUUUUCUUUAAAGUAGGGAAGAAAUAAAGAGAGAGCUAAUUACA